AUGGACGUGAUUAAUGUGGCGAGAUACUAUCAUCAUGAGACGGUUCGUGUGGGCAUGCAGGACGACUCCAUCUGCGGGAACGUGCGACAAGGUCUUGAUAUAACAAAAGCGACAAACUACAGGCCAGAAAGCAUAAUGCCAUAUCUAAGCACAGUUCGCUCCCUCUCAAGAAAAGGCCGAAGCAGCAGCGCUACCGAACGGAAGCGAUCCUCGAGUUGCACGAACGCAUCUUUACCGUCUAGCAAGCGAAUUUGUUCGAGCUCUCCUGUAAAGGGAGGAAGAACAACAGUGGAUCGAGUGCACUGCCGCGUUGUUGUCCGAGACUACGGGAAGCCUAUAUAUAUGGCGAGUUUCAGGGCUAGCCUUCUGGCUGCGCUAGAAGGCUGUAUCACAGGGUACGAGUCGUUGUAUGCGCGGGUCGGCAUGCUACAAUGCGACAUUUCGCCGAACAACCUUAUGGUGAACGAGGACGAGGACAGUCCUCCCCGCAUGCCUUCUUGA